AUGGGUUGCUGUGGCUGUGGAGGUUGCGGUGGCUGCGGUGGCUGCGGCGGCUGCGGAAGUUGUGGAGGCUGCGGUGCGGCUGCGGCGGCUGUGGUGGCUGCGGUGGCUGUGGUGGCUGUGGUGGCUGUGGUGGCUGUGGUGGCUGCGGUGGCUGCGGUGGCUGCGGUGGCUGCGGUGGCUGUAGCAGCUGCACCUCCUGCAGGUGCUACCGGGUCGGCUGCUGCGGUGGCUGCUGUGGUGGCUGCUGUGGCUGCUGUGGCUGUUGCAGGCCUGUGGUCGUCUGCUGCCGCCGCAGCUGCUGCCGCCGCUCCUGUGGCUGUGGCUCCUGUGGCUGUGGCUGCGGCUGUGGAAAGGGCUGUUGUUGCCAGCAGAAAUGCUGCUGCCAGCAGAAGUGUGGCUGCAAGAAGCAGUGCUGCUGCUAGCAUGGCUGCUGGCCUCCUGGCCUCCGGGCAGGCGAUUGUAGGAGCGAGGUUCACAUACUUCGAUUUUUAG